ACUUCCGUUCAUGCGCACAAACCUGCAAAAUAUUGGCAGAAAACACUUGUACAUUGACCGAAUUCUCCAUUGCAAGGUGUCACUGUUUUUUGUUACUUAUUUAUUUAUUUAUUAUUAUUAUUUUUUUUAAUCUUGACGGUAUCGCAUUUUUAUUUUUCCCAAAAAAAGUAUUUUUCGCGAGUUCUGAUUAAACAGGUUAGUGCAAAUCAUUUUUCUUUCAGAUGUCAAGUGGAGAAGUGUCAAACAUUUCUAGCUACUGCUUAGAUGAGAAGAGUUUCCAUCUUUGCUGCAAGCUUUUCCUACAGCACUCGGGUGUAAUUAGAGAUGGAUGGAGUUGGGCAGAUGUGAAGGGUAGUGAAGAAGGUUACGUGAAAAAGACUGCUAUAAUACCUGCAAAAUUAGGUUCUUUGCUUAAUCACAAAGCUGAUGAUGGGAUGAAUGCUGUGACGGGAGUAGAUGAGUGUGAUGAUGAGGCAGUUGGGGAUUAUAUAGUACAAAGUCAAGUUUUAGUGCACUAUGAAUACCAUAUUUUAUACUCCAUUGGUCAUCAGGUGCCUAUUCUCUACUUCAGAGCAUCUACAUUAGAUGGACAGCCCUUGUCCCUUGAUGAAGUUUGGAGCAAUAUUCACCCAAACUACAGACAAAGGCUACUUCAAGGACCUUGGGAUACACUGACUCAACAGGAACACCCUUUUCUAGGUCAGCCUUUCUUUAUGCUCCAUCCUUGUCACACUGAAGAGUUUAUGAAACCACUUUUACAAAUGGCAGAUGACAAAAAAAGAAAAAUAAACUACAUCACAACAUGGCUGAGCGUGGUAGGGCCUGUGGUGGGAUUGGACGUGCCUCUUAGUUAUCACACAGAAUUGCCUGCUCCUGACUGAUAACGUCUUACUUGUCUGGUUGAGUUUAAGGAUCACUAUGCUCCAUCUAACCUCGCCAUGUCUCACAUCAUCUAUACAUUUGGUGAAGAAGCCACCAUUUGUUGGUGAAAAUACUCAUCACCACUGUUUUUUUGUUUUGUUUUUGUUUUUGUAUCUAUAUUUUUACAUUUUCUUUUUCUCUUUAACAAGACAUUUUGAGAAAUUGACACUACACAUUCUAGUUUAUAAUAACUUUUUGAACCUAUGAACCGCUCGGUCUGUUAUUUUGCCUAAAAAAUACCUGGUUUAAACAUAUCUACUGUAGCUAUUUAUGAGUCCUGAAUGCUUAACUGGAAGUCGAUUUCUUUUGGGGCUUUAAAGGAAGAAGCUUUGUCCCUUGUCUUCAUUAUUAUAGGUACUUGUAAGUAAGCCACUCUUUUGACAGAAAUAAAUAUUACAGAUUAUGUAAGAGAGUUCUUUCCAGAUUAAAGUUGGGGGGGCUGUUAUCUGUCAUCCAGAUAACAUCACAGUAUUAAGAAUCAAGCAUAUGUAAAAACUGUGGAUAAUUUGUGUAAAUUCAGUUAUGUCUUGUGGACUAUAUGCAGACUAUGUGAAAUAGCUUAUUCAAGGCAGCACUAAUUAAACAACAAAUACAAAUAAAAGGUUUUCUGAAUACAGUAUGUAAAUGUAGCUGUACUAAUUAUUAACAUUUUACAGAUUCUGCAAGGUGUAUAUAAAUGUGUUAUUUCAUGAAAUGAAAGAUGAAAUUAUUGUGUUCUUUCAUUUCACUGUAUAUGGUUGGAAUUACAAUAAAAGCCUACUUGACUUGAAUAUAGAAUAAAUGUAGGGUUACAUUUUUUUAUAUGAAAAUUCUUUUAUCAUACAAAGAGCUAAGCAUAAUGAUAUCACAUGAAUUAACUUAACAUUGUUUACCCAAUAAAAAAGUUUUAACUUCUACAGGAAGGUAGAAAAGAUGCAUGACAAUGAUUUACCAUGUAUUGAUGUUUUCUUAUUACACGCUUUUCAUUACUAACUUAAUAUUUGUGACAUGACUGAAUUUCAGAACAAACAUAGGACAAACAAAAUUCAAAGUCUUGGAUUUACAGUACAUCUGGAAAGUAUUCACAUCGCUUCACUUUUUUUCCACACUUUAGCUGUUAUCCAAAAUAAAUUAAAUUCAUUAUUUUCCUAAAGAUUCUACAAACAGUACCUCAAUGUGAAAGAAGUUAGUUUAAAAUCUUUGCAAAUUUAUUAAAAAUAAAAUAUGAAGUAAAUCAAAAAGUCUGAAUCAAAAUUGAGCUCUGGUGCAUCCCGUUUCCACUGAUCCUGAUCCAUACAACUUGACUGAAGGCCACCUGUGGUAAAUUCAGUUGAUUGGACAUGCUUUGGAAAGGGCACACACCUGUCUAUGUAAGGUCCCACAGAUAAUAGUGGCAAGCCAUAAAGUCCAAGGAAUUGUCUGUAGACCUGAAGUCACACCUCAGUAAAAGGCACAUGACAGCCCACCAGGUGUUUGCCAAAAGGAACCUGAAGGACUCUCAGAUCAUGAGAAAGAUUGAAAUCUUUGAAUGCCAAGCAUGUCUGGAGUAAACCAGGCACUACUCAUUAUCUGGACAACACCCAUCCCUACAGUGAAGCAUAGUGGUUGCAGAAUCUUGCUGUGGGGAUGUUUUUCAGUGGUAGGAACUGGAAGACUAGUCAGGAUUGAGGGAAAGAUGAAUGCAGGAUGAGUUAUCUUUAAUUAAAACCUGCUACAGAGCACUCUGGACCUCGGAUAGAGGCGACAAUUAAUAUUCCAACACAACAACUCUAAGCACACAGCCAAGAUAACAAAGGAGUGGCUACGUGACAACUCUGUGACUGUCCUUGUGUGGCCCAGCCAGAGCCCAGACUUAAAACCGAUUGAAUAUCUCUGGAAAGAUCUGAAAAUGGUUGUGCACCAACGCUCCGCAUUCAACCUUAUGGAGCUUCAGAAGUUCUGCAAAGAAGAAUGGGAACAUAAUUGGUGUGCCAAGCUUGUAGCAUACUCUAAAUGACUUGAGGCUGUGAUUGGUGCAAAGGUAAUUCAACAAAAAGAAGAUUGUCAUUGUCACACUGUCAUUAUGGGGUAUUGUUUGUAGAAUUCUUAGGAAAAUAACGAAUUUUAUCUUUUUUGGAAUAAGGCUGUAACAUAAAAUGUGGAAAAGUUGAAGCUGUGAAUACGUUCCAGAUGCACUGUAUUAGGUCAGACAGCAUCCACAGCUUUUUUUGUUUAACAGCAAUGUUUAAUUCAAUUCACUUUCAUUUGUAUAGCACUUUUACAAUGUACAUAGUCUCAAUGCUGCUUUACACAGAUAAUGUGGUUAUAAACUUGUAUAAAAGAAUUUGCAAGUUUAAUGCCUAAGUUUUUUCUUUGUAAAUGUCAGCAUUUCAACAACAGUGAGGAUUUUUACAAACGGCACACUAGAAAUGGAAUUUGGAAAACAAACAGUUGAGGGUUCUAAGCAGUUCAGUUUGGGUAAACCUAUGCUCAUAGUAGACAAGAGGUAUUGCUGCUUUUUUUCUGCCAGAUUAAAUAUUUCGAGUUGACGAUUUAGGCAUAUGAAACUAAUUUGUCCAAUUUCUGCUGAAUUUUUUUUUUUUAAUCAAUAAGGCAUUUCUUUGUCACUCAAUGUUUGUUUUUUUUUCACACUAUUCUUUGUCAUUUGCAGACACUGUUGUGUACAUAUCAGCAACUUUUGAAUUACAUCUCUAAUUGUUGUUGAUUUAUUUUGCCAUGUUCUGUUGUUUUUCAUUACUUGUGUGUUAACUACUCCAGUUGGUCGAAUUAAUUUUGUGCCUCAACCCAUUUAUCAAAAUUGCCAUGUUCACCAUAUUUUAGAUGACAGAAAAAAUCAUAAGUAAAAAAAAAGUAAUUAC